GUGUUUGUCAAGCACAUCAAUUUAUUGUUACUUGUAUGCAUUUUUGAAAUACUAAAAAAAAUAUGUCUUUCGUAGGGAGUACAAGAGCUUCAGACCCUAGGGGAUCCUUUGCCCAGGUACGGAAGUCGAUACUCCAAAGGAGUAUUGCUAUGCUAACUCCACAGGAUGUUGUAACUAUCAAGCCCAACCAGACCGAACCACUGAAAAGACUGUAUAACAAAGCUGCUGUAGUACCGAUGUUCGGCCAAAUUAACAUUGAAGAAUUAUUGGCUAAAAGCUACAUGGCGUUAGGCCUAAAAGAUCCAACAAACAACAUUGUAGGCGUCAUAGUAGUGAACACCUAUCCAAAUAUAAAGGCUCUGCCUCUAUGGGAAUGGAAGUCAUGGAUCAGGGAUAUCUACGGCAUGGAAGAUUCUUGCAGUAGAAACACACUGUGGGUACAUUUGUUGAUGUACGACUCAAUGUACAGUUUGUUCUUUUUGAAGCCACUGGUAGACUACAUUUUCCAGCAAAGAGUUUUCCUGCAAUAUCUUAUAUUGGUUCAGCCACCAGGAAAGUACAGAACCGAUAUUCUCAGUGACCUCGGAACAGUAGUAACGCCAAAAGAGGAAACAAGUAAGAAUGCUCAGAGAUUGUACGUAUUCAACCGUGAAGAUUUCAUACAGAAGUACAAAAUACGAAGAGCUGUGGAAGAAGAUAACGACGAUCUAGUACCUUUGAUAAACACCCACUCAUUGAGAUUAGAAGAAAUGUACGGCCGUUAUUACAUAGCUGAAAUCCUAACCAGAUAUAAGGACAGCGGUAGACAAAUAAUAGUAGCAGAACAUGAGGGUAACGCUGUUGCAGUGCUGUGUUUGAACGAAUCUGUCUGUUACAAGGUCCUCAAUGAAGAAUUUGAAUUGGCCUGUUACAACGGCUUGAAAAAGCCUCACCCUGAUGAUUUAGCAGAUGUGUCACUGGAAGCUAUCUUCCAUAGCUUAGAGAACCUACAUUCAAAAUAUGAGGAUGAGAUUCUGGAAAUAAUAGAGAGGACAACAAAUGCUGAGGGACAAAAUUCGACAAGUGAACUAGACGAAACUUUGAUUCAUGUUGAUUAUAGUGAAUCUGACAGUUUCUCAUUGGUAUUUACUUCAGCGUCUCUGUUAUUUUUUCAGGACGAUGAGACGAAAAGCAGACAUAAUUCUACCGAAUCAGUGGAAAGUAGUAAAGAGGUUUUGAAAAAUUACAUGUUAUCCGCAGAAAAGGAUCCAAGACUGAACGAGGACGCUAUGUCUGCUUACUCCUCAGUUCGCGGCAUGUACGGCCACAUUCCGGAGUUCCACGGGGACCCGAACGCGUUCUGUCUGGAAAUAACCGCCGCAUAUCCUGACCACGAAGUGGGUCUGAUGCAGCUGUUCGAAGCUGCGUUCGAGACCUUCCCGGACCGAGAGUACUGCAUAAUGGCAGUACCUUCCACCACCCCUAUCAACCGACUCACUAAGUUUUUCACCAGAGUAGUACCUCGGAGCACGGGGGUGUUUCCGUACGAGUUAUAUGCAUUGCAUAAAAGUGCUGUUCUAGGACAUGUUCGUGUAGUGGCAGGCAGCAGUAAGCACAUUCCUGCAGUGAAGCGCUUGAUAAGCACCAUUCCGAAUAACUCCUUUGUGUUGCAAGAAUUCGAAAAAAGUAUCAAAGAUCCAGCUACUCCAUACCUGCCUUUUGUCUUCUUAUGUGAAGAACAAGUUAUUGGACUCGCCAUCCUCUCCGAAGAGACAGAUCUACUGUACCUACAAGCUCACUACGACCUAUCAUACAUAAAUACACGCGUCCACAGAUCGGACUCCUACGGCGUUAUCGAAACACUGCUCAUAAACCCCAUCUUCCAACGACAUUCCAAACUCUUCCUGAGCGAACUCCACACACUCGGAGAUUUUUCGGUGCUAUUCUACAGGCACACUCCAUACGAUACUACUGACGCAUACAGGGAAAGGCCGUUAAUGAAUCUGUUGCAAUUUAUGCUGCCAUUAGCACCUAGGAGGUUGCCAGAUUAUGAUAUGGAUUUACUUUUACAAGAAGAAUGUGCUCCAAGCAAAUUAAUCGUCGAAGAUCAAGAACCAUUUGCAUUGUACCUAUCAACAGUUCCGAACUGUAGCGUCAAUAGGCAUGCAGUAAAUACAAGAAUAGUGGUCGUAGGUUGUAGUAAUACAGCACUAUCAUUUCUGGAGACUUUGUUGUGCAAACAAGAUCCAAAUGAUAUGGUAACCUUCAACAACGUAACACUGAUUUGUGCAAGCGGUAUGGCGGCUUCUAAAGUAGGCAGCCGAAUCAGGGACGCAUUUCUGAUCAAGAAAUACUUCAUGGAUCCACGACAUAUGGAUAUGAUUAGCUUGAAGACAUAUGUAAACGUCAUAUCUGGGAAGGUUUCCAAGAUAGACAAGAAAAAUCAAAUCCUGGUGAUUAACAACAAUAGUUUCAUAUCGUAUGAUAUGCUGUUCCUGAUGAACGGAGAACAGUUUCUUCAACCAAUCAGGCAGAACAGAACUCCAUUCGUGGAGAAGCCAGAUAACGUCUUCGUCAUCAACAAUGCUAUCGAAGCCAACAAUGCUGUUAUGAAGUUGAAACAACUGCAUGCCAACUAUGGCGAUCGAGACUAUACCAUCAUAGUAUUCGGCCACUUUCUACAAGCACACACCACGUUGAAUGGACUAUUGAUGUUCGGCAUCCCAGGAAAGAAUCUAGUCCUUGUGGAGCCCUUUCCUUAUUGCAUGGCUCUCGAAAAACGACAAAGACACAAAGUAUCGAUUUACAAUGAUCCUGAUAUCGACGAAGCGGUCUACGAUCACAUCAGGGCAGAGGGCAUACAGGUCUACCAAUCUUACUACUUUCAUCGACGGGGAAUUGACCCAAGCGAAACGUGAUCACGAUGGCGAAGUUCGAGUCAAGGCACCACAUGCUUGAACUGGAAAUGCAUGGCGAUGUUCUAUUUUGCAGAAAAGGAAAUCCAUUCCAGAGUAUACAAAGUAAUAAAUCAAGCCGGUUUAGUAUAUGACGGUCGUCUAGUAUAGACAACAAUGCAGAACCAAUGAUCCAAAAAUCUAUGGUGCUGGCACGCUGACAAAAGUACUCCAGGAAGUACUAUGCGAUGUCUAUGUCUCACAAGUAUUUCAACAGGGUUGAGAUUGGUGCGAAGCUAGGAGAACAGAUCAAAAUGUAAUUACUCCACACAAGUCAGAAUCCGUAAAUAAGGAAGUGGCUGGAUGGGACUUCGAAAUGGAACGUGGUGAUCAGUUAGUGCCAAGAUAUGUCAAGCCCAUCAUGAGGUACUGUCGACUGCCAGGAGGUCUCUACUAUUUAUCAAUAACAAAACCAGGGCGACGAACUCCUUUAGAGACAGCUAUAAGCAUGGAAAAUUAUGUAAGUUCAUUUGAUUCUUUGGAAAGAAAUAUGACCAAGCAGG